UCUCUGCUGUUUGUCCAGCCGUCGCUCCAACAAUGCAGCUUUUAAUGGAGCUCUGAGAGGUGCAAGAUGGAAACGCUGCAACGCCGCAGGCUUGUUCGGACACGGUAGUCGGUCAGAUUCAACGUAGCGACAAUUCUGCAGUUUGUCAAACCUCCCAGGCCGGAUUUGACUCAGUUUUAGAACAUUCUUGACUCUCCUGCUGAGGUACCUGUAAUAAUAAGAAGAAAGAGGAGACUGCUCUUUAGGAUAUCCUGACUACAGGGUCAGAAAAUGAGAACAUCUGAGGCAAAAACAACUGACCCUCCCAGCUAUCUCCUUACCCCGUGAGUAGCCAUGCCUGCCCUGGAUCACCCAUCGAGGGGCACCCCUCCCCAGAUGUGGGACUGUUUUCUUACAUAAAUUUGGAGCAACAGCUAAAUGACACAAUAGAAAUGGCAUUGGCUUGUGUGGGCUCUGACACAUCAGAGUACAUAUUAGAGUACAGGUGAGGCUCAACCUCUAGCCAAUACCCGCAGGACUCUUAAGAGGAGGUAAACAGCCUCAGAUGACCUUUGCAGAAGGACAGAGUUACACCCAAGCUUUAAUGAUUUAGUAUCCAUCCCACUGCCUUGUUGACAAGGUCGACCAUGGCUGCUGCUGAUACCCAUAUCAACGGUUCCUUGGUGGGGCGAGGAACAGACUGAGAAGAGUCAACGAUGCUGCGUAAUAGUGGUGGGGUAGGUGUCGGUGGCCAGCCAUGGGUUUUGCGGCGUGUGCGUCUCACGUGGCUCAGUUUCAUGCUCUUCUUCAUCCUGGUCUUCUUCCCACUUAUUGCUCACUACUACCUCACUACCAUUGAUGAAGCAGGGGGUCCAGAUAAGCGCAUUUUCGGCCCACGACCUGGUGGUGAACUGUGUGAGGCCAAACAUGUGCAGGACCUGUGCCGUAUUCGUGAGUCAGUCAGUGAGGAGCUGCUGCAGCUGGAGGCCAAGAGGCAGGAGCUCAAUGGGGAGAUCGCCCGACUCAACCUACGCAUUGAGGCUUGCAAGCGCAGCAUUGACAGUGCCAAGCAGGAUCUGCUGCAGUUGAAGAAUGUCAUAAGCCAGACAGAGCAUUCCUAUAAAGAACUGAUGGCCCAGAACCAACCAAAGCUGUCGUUGCCUGUCAGGUUGCUGCCUGACAAGGAGGACCCAGGACUGCCUCCACCCAAGUCUUCACGCUCUUGCCGACUACACUCCUGCUUUGACUAUGCGCGCUGUCCGCUUACGUCAGGAUUUCCUGUGUAUGUCUAUGACACAGGCUCCUAUUCAUGGGGGGACUAUCUUGACCCUCUGGUGAAGCAGGCUUUUGCAGCAUCAGUUAAAAGCAACAUUUAUGUGACUGACAACCCCAGCAUUGCUUGUCUGUAUCUGGUGCUGGUAGGGGAGCUACAGGAGUCCCCCUCCCCACAGCCUUCUCCUGCAGAGCUGGAGAAGCAACUGAAAGCCCUUCCUUACUGGAGAUCUGAUGGACACAACCAUGUACUGGUGCAUCUCUCUAGAAAGUCUAUGACACAGAACUUCCUGUAUAAUGUGAGUGCAGGACGAGCAGCAGUUGCCCAGUCCACCUUCCUGGAGCAGCAGUACCGUGAGGGCUUUGACUUGGUUGUGUCCCCACUGGUUCAUGCCCUCUCAGAACCCAACUUUUUGGAAGUGCCACCUCAAGUUCCUGUAAAGAGGAAAUACCUUUUCACUUUCCAGGGUGAGAGAGUGGAAUCCCUAAGGAGCAGCUUGCAGGAGGCACCCCCUCAGUCUUUUGAGGAGGAAAUGGAGGGAGAUCCACCAGCUGACUACGAUGACCGCAUAAUUGGCACAUUAAAGGCAGUGCAGGAUAGCCACUUGGACCAGGUGUUGGUGGAAUUCACCUGCAAGAACCCUAGGUCAAGUUUGCCAACAGAGUGGGCUCUCUGUGGAGAACGGGAGGACAGACUGGAGGUCCUCAAGGCUUCUACCUUUGCCCUGGUGAUUGCUGCAGGGGAUGGACAACUGGUGGCCUCAGCAGGCUGCGGGAUGAGGUUAUUUGAGGCCUUAGAGGUAGGAGCCAUCCCAGUUGUGUUGGGGGACCACUCAAGAUUACCUUACCACCAGUUUAUCCGCUGGAGUGAAGCUGCCAUUAUAGUCCCCAAACCACGUGUCACAGAGCUACAUUUCCUGUUGCGCAGCCUAUCAGACAAUGACAUGUUGGCUAUGAGGCGGCAGGGCCGCUUUCUGUGGGAGACCUAUUUCUCGACAUCAGAGAAUGUUCUUAACACAAUCUUGGCCAGUAUCAGAACCAGCAUCCAAGUUCCUGCCGCACCCAUUAAUGAAGAGCCAGCCCACGAGAUUCCUCACAAAGCUGGAAAACUGGCAGGAACUGACGCAAACCUGGCUGACAAUGGUGAUCUGGAUUUGGGUCCUGUUGAGACAGAGCCCCCGUAUGCCUCUCCUCGCUAUCUCCGCAACUUCACAUACACUGCUUCAGACAUCUACAGAGCAUGGAACCGAGCCCCAGGGCCUUUCCAUCUUUUUCCUCACACUCCCCUUGACCCUGUGCUGCCUUCUGAAGCCAAAUUCCUGGGUUCCGGUACUGGUUUCAGGCCUAUUGGUGGAGGUACAGGAGGCUCUGGGAAGGAGUUUCAGGCUGCUCUGGGUGGGAAUGUACCCCGAGAACAGUUCACUGUGGUCAUGCUGACUUAUGAGAGGGAAGAGGUGCUGAUGAACUCUCUGGAAAGGUUGAAUGGACUGCCAUACCUCAACAAGGUGGUGGUGGUGUGGAAUUCACCAAAGCCUCCUUCAGAUGACCUACUGUGGCCAGACAUCGGUCUGCCCAUUGUGGUUGUCCGCACAGAAAAAAACAGCCUCAAUAAUCGCUUCCUUCCUUGGGACGCUGUUGAAACUGAGGCCAUCCUGUCCAUUGAUGACGAUGCUCAUCUCCGCCAUGAUGAGAUCAUGUUUGGGUUCAGAGUGUGGCGUGAAGCCAGAGAUCGUAUCGUAGGUUUUCCUGGGAGGUACCACGCGUGGGAUGUCAACCAUCAGUCCUGGCUGUACAACUCCAACUACUCAUGUGAACUCUCCAUGGUCCUGACAGGAGCUGCAUUCUUUCAUAAGUACUAUGCAUACCUCUACUCCUAUGUGAUGCCCCAGGCCAUCAGAGACAUGGUAGACGAGUACAUAAACUGCGAGGACAUUGCCAUGAACUUCCUUGUCUCUCACAUCACCCGCAAACCACCCAUCAAGGUGACAUCUCGUUGGACUUUCCGAUGUCCUGGAUGCCCUCAGGCUCUUUCACACGAUGACUCACAUUUCCAUGAGCGCCACAAGUGCAUCAACUUCUUCGUCAAGGUGUACGGCUAUAUGCCACUGCUAUACACACAGUUUCGUGUAGACUCAGUGCUGUUUAAGACUCGUUUACCCCAUGACAAGACCAAGUGCUUCAAGUUCAUCUAGCAUCAGGUCCAACAGUGAAAAGAUCCAAAUCAGAGUGGAUUGAAGGACUGGAAGUAUUUAAAGAGAAGAGCAGCUCCCACUGCAAGCUGUCAUGAAGAUGGAUAAAUGCACAGCAAGAUAAAUGCAGUUUUGGGAGAGGAUGUUACCCAGGCAGAUAGACAAGUUAACCUAAAAAGAUGUUGGCUGGUGGUCUGAUCCACAACUCUCCCGACAAUUUGAAGAGUGGAAGCUGAAAGGGACCACUGCCAACAAAAUAAGCCUUUUCAGUGGAUGUCUCUCCUCUUUUUUCAUGUCCUUCAAUCAUGCUCAAUCAUCAACCACUAACCACAGAUAUUAUUUACACCUCUUAACUGGCUGCUGAGGAAAGAGGGCAGUUGUACACAGUGUACAGAAACUCACCCAGGUUAAAGUCUACCAGACAAUGAAACUAGUGGAUAACUGACGCCAAGUUGCGUUCGACCCAGAAGGCUAUCAACGGUUCCAGCUGAGUGAGGAAAAAGUGACAAUGGCACUUGGCUGCCACUACGCUUUUUGUUUUGUUUUCCAUUUUACAGCUACAAACUGUACUUCUUGUACAUGUACGUGAGAGAAGCACUGACGGUUAGAAGUAUUUUAUUGAACCUUUUUUUAACAAUGUUGUUUAAAUGUGUAAAUCUUUAUGUGGAGUGAACAUUUUCCAGAACCUCUGCCUGUUGGAGAUCAGAACGAGACAGGACCUUGACUGAAAUGUAAAACAGAUCAGCCCAAUCAUGUUUAAGUAGUGUUAAGUGCUUGAGAGGGAAUUCACUUCAGCGGUCACCAUAAUGCCUCAAAUUUGUCAUGAAAACCAGCCACCAUUUUGUCAUUUUGUUAAUGCUUACAUGAUGUACACUCUGUGUGAGUGUUCAAACAGCCUGUUUUUUAUGCUAUAGGGUGUGUACAGAUGUUUGCAAUAUUGGUCCAACUUUAAUGAAAUCAUGCCUAAAUAUAUUCAUAUCGAUUAGUUAAUAGUUAUACUGUCCCAAACUGAAGUGCAACAAAGUUACUGCUGUCAAAAUCAACAAAAAUUAGUUUUGAUUUUUAAUUGAGUUAUGCAGAAAGGCUUCAGCGAAGUGUAAUAUAAGAAUUACGGCAUCAUUGUAACGAGAAAAAUUUGAUAUUUUAUUUUAUAUACACUUCUGUGCUUUCUGACAGCAAGUUAGAUGCAAAAUCAGUGCCUGUUAAAUUGGUCUAUUGAAUAUGAAACAGCCAACAGCUGCUUAGCUUUGCAAAGAAUAAAGACUGGAAAAUGGAAGACACUGGUCUGGCUCUGUGGAAAGGUUACAAAUACUGCCUAGUAGCACCUCUAAAGCUCACUAAUUAAUGCAUCAUUCAUUUUAUGGACCAGUGAUGUGUCUGUGAGCAGUUACUAGGCAACCAGUAGAAACACUAGGAAGUUAAUGAUCUCUGUCAAGAAAUAGUCCAGCACAUAUCAGAAAAACAUAAGUUGUUGCUUUUAUUCCUCUUUUUUGUAUUAAUUAAGCAAAAGACGCAUAAUGUGUUAAUGUUUGAGCUUUAGAAGAUUUCAUUACUGUUGUCACCAUUUCCAGUCUUUGUCUUAAGCUCUACUAACCAGCUGCAGAUACAGUAUGAGAAUGGUGCCAGUCAACUUCUCUAACUCUUUACCAGAAAGCAAGUCAACUUAUCUCCCAAAAUAUAGAACUUUUUUCUCUAAUAUAUAGCCAGUUCUGGCUUUGCAACACAUUUAUACGACAUGCCCCAUCACAUUCAUGUUAUCCCUCUAGAUAGAACUUUCCCACCUCAGACAGAAAUGUCACUUUUGCAGUGUUGCCAUGUUGGUUUCACUUUAUCUUUUACCGUUGCUUGAUGAAUGUUUUCUUUGCCAAAUAGGUACGAUGUCUACUACUUUACAGCAUAAUUUGCAGGGUGCACAGUGUUAAUGCUUGCUAAAGUGAUGCAGUGGUACCAUACCGGGAGUCAAUCAAUUGGAGCCCAACCCAUCAUGUAAUAUAAAUCCAAAGUCCUUUAGUUGACCAUGUCAGAGUUGAUUCCUGUAAUCUGAACAAAAGACAAACCUAAAACAUCCCCAGAUUAUUUUCUGGUUGUUAGGAUGCUUUUAUGACAAACCUCUCAUAAGUCCAUGGUUCCUGUAUAUUUAUUGAAUAUAUUAUUAAAAAAAAAAAAAGAUUUUUUUUAGAAACUGACAAUGAGACAUGCAAUAAACAACAAGACAUUGCA